UACCAAGUCACAGAACGGAAGACGAAGCCUACGACGAUCACAACAGAUUGCUCCAGCAGUUGCAUACGCAGUGGUGCUCCCCGUCGUAUUGAGGGUAAAAGGAUGGGACAGCGCCAAGAACUCUGGAGACCCUUGUAUCUCAAGGCAACUCACGACAGGUUAUUUGAUAAAGAUUGCAUCAAAACCCACAUGGGCGACGACAGUGUCCUAUUAUAUUCAAAAAGUUUACUUUAGCUCGAACACUUUACCCGAGGUUUCUAAAAUACAUAAAGUGCCAGAAUCAUGAAGGGAAUCCCCACUUUUGCACUGUGAAAGCCGUGCACCGUGAUGAACUCCACUGAAGAUGUAUUUCAGCUCGGGUCGGUUCUUUGGAGCCUCAAUUACGCCAAUGUGGCUGUAACUUCGUUCUGGGCAUAUGACUACUUCCUGACGUUGGCCGAUGAGGUUGAAUUUUUGAAGCACUCACAGUGGAAAUGGACGAAGCUGCUUUACCUUGUCUGCCGAUAUCUUACCUGUGGUUACUUGUCAUUGACGAUGCUUGUGGCAUUUCGACCCACGAUGUCGAUUCACGUGUGUCGAGUGAUGUACUCUAUAAACACAUAUCUAGGAGGUGUAAUUCUGGUGUGUGCCGAAGGUGUCUUCUUGGCGCGCGCUUGCGCACUUUGGGAAUUUAGGAGGCGCAUGGUAGUGAUGUUCCUGACCAACGCGGCAAUAUACGUUAUUGCUAUCCCUGUUGUGCUCUCGAUUGGUCGAUUCGCCCCUAGGAUUACUAAAUCUCCCAUUCCUGUCACAGGCUGCUUUGACACUGGCGAGGGUAGCAGCAUCAUAAUCGUCUAUGUGAUACUGGCUAUGGCGGAGAUACAAAUAUGGAUGCUCACACUGUACAAGGCCGUGACCAGCUACUGGCGAGAGGGAACCCAUAAUCGCUUGUUGGGACAGCUGAUCCUUCACAAUAUCAUUUACCUUACCUGCGGACUCAUCUUCUCGCUCUCAGUCAUAUUAACGACAGUGUGUGUCGAGGAAUAUUACGGUUUCAUGAUUGUGAAGUUUGUUCGUAUUUGGCAAGUAACUGUUCAUGCCUUUCUUGUGACAAGGAUGAGCCGUGGACUCUGGAAAGUAGACCAGCGGCGUGCUUCACUAGAAUCCUUACCUCCUCAUCUGUAAUGUUAACUCAAAU